AUGUUCACUAUCUUGAUUCUAGCUGGAAGUGUGAGUGCAAAUGUAAACGAGAGAGCUUUAACUAUUGGUCGAAACGAUAGAGCUUCAACUAUUGGCGAGGUUAAGCAACUUUCCGAUGCAGGCUUGUAUGAGCGCCUGAAGAAAGACCAGACGCUUUUUCAGAUGGCAAAAUGUUCGGAGACAGAAGCACGCAUGAAGUUUUUAAUGGAUAGGAAGUAUGUGAUCAUACCGGAUGACAGACACAGGAUGUCAUUUGAAGACGAUGAAGAGCCUCCCGAAAGAUUCGACGCAAGAGAAGAAUGGCCGCAAUGCCCUUCCAUCAACGAAAUCUACGAUCAAUCAAAUUGCGGUAGGAAGUCAUUCCCCUACGUAUCAAAAUAUGAUAAUAAACUUAAUUUCAAAACCAAAAAAUACCAGCUUACUUUUGCUUGA